GGAAGCAGAGGCCCAAAUCUGGCCUCCAUCCAGAGUCGGUCGGCGAGCUAGGUUUCUCUCAGGAGACGGCCAAUACCUACAAAUGCUGCUGAAUACAUUCGAUCCUAGAGGAUCGAUCGGCCGGAACAAACUCAUUCUCUCAUCCAUUAUUACAGAAGCCAAGAAAUUUAUGUGAUUUGCGUGACCUCUGCGUAUAAUCGCCCAAGAACAUGGGAGGUUAGACCGGGAGACGGAAAAAGGAAAUGGCACGUUAUACCGUUCUUCGGAUUCAACCACGGGUUGCGUCAUUUGAAGAACAGCUGGCACGGGAAUUCCACGUGUCAUUAUCAUAUUUUCUGCCAAGGAAGCUUGUUGGUGAAGCCCAAAUUACAAGAGAAGUAACAAAAGGCCCUAAAGGUACCAGCUGGCAUUCACAGAGCUGAUUUAUUCACCCAAACACGAGCCACAUGCAACCGAUUAUCAAUUAGAAGUCCCAAUAAGAGAAAACAGACAACCGAGAAAAAAAUGCUUGGAGAUGGAGGAGAGACCCCUACCAGGUAUGAAUUGUUGAGUAUGGUGAAGAAACACUCAAGCUCAUUAAAGAACACCACAGUUGAUGAUGAGCAAGAUGCUUCAGAUGUUGAAAUGGAUCCAAGCUUUUGGCAUGAUAUCCUGGAUUUGUAUUUUAUUUGUGGUAGGGAGUCCAGGGGACGCCAGGAUGACGAUCUCAUAUUUUUUGUGAGAAAAUUGAGCUUGCAUGGAUAUGGUUUCAAUGAUCACAUGGAAGGGAUCCCCCCUUACUUUGUACGCAGGUGGGCACCUAAGUUGGAUAAGCUAGUGAGUGAAAAUUCAGCGGAGGUGGAUUGGAGGCGCUCAUUUUACUUGAAUUUGAUUGCUCACACUUCAUUUACUGUAACAGUGGCAAUUUGCAGUCAUCAGGUACUUCGAAAUCAUCAAACCGGGCAAGAUUCACCAUUAUCUCCUAUAUACAAGGUUGUGAAGACUGUAUAUGCAUCUCCAAGUCGAGUUGAGUUCCAUUUGGAUUCAAAAAAGGAGGUAGAAACAAUUCCUGCUUAUCCAGAUAUAUGUUUUGCAGUUGAUGAUUUCGAUUCCACCUUUGAUGCAGUGGUUUUGACAGAAACAGACCAUUGCUAUUGUGUGCUCCUCAAUGCACAUGAUGGGGCAGCAUUUCCUAGCGAAAAAACAUCACCUGAUUGUAGUUCUAGCAAUACAUCUUCUUUGAGAAUUGAUACUGAUUCUGAAAAGUCGAAGAAUACCAAGCUUACUCUUUUCUCUGGAUUUGUCAGCUAUCAAAUGGUUCGAGAAGCAUAUGAUGCUGGAAAAUCUCGAUUCGGAAGCCUUUUGUUACUUGGUCAAUCCGCUGGAAAAACAGACAGGCUUUACAUGAAAGGUCCUGGAGGGCGUGGGGAAGUUGAAGUGGCUGUUUCCGGUGUUGCAGAUCAAAGCCAGCAGCCAUCAGGCCCUUCUUCGCCCGUUCAUGCAUCCAAGAGAGGUUUUGGGAUUGGUACAAUUGUUCGUAAGGCAGCAACAGUAGCAUCUGUGGCAGCAAAGCAUGCCUAUGCUGCUGCAGCUGCCACUCGGAGUUCUGAUGAGGAGAUGUUGCCGCUCAAGUGCUGCUUAAUGUCAAUAUCACUUCCCUGGGAACACAUUGCAUAUGAUCUCAUGUUUAAGGGAAGUCCUCCAGUGAACUUGUAGUGUCUUAUGUUACAUCUCUUGCGGAAUGCUAAACAAGCAUGGCGAUCCCGCCUGCUAAAGAAAGAUGGAAGGGGAGUAGCCUGCACUAUAAACAACAUUUGGGAUCUCAGUCCUGCAUUUUUUGGUAUUGGGGUACAUUGUGUUUUAAGGCUGUAAGUGUAAGUGUGAUAGAAAUAUGUAAAGUUUUAAUUAAGAAACUUAGUGUAUUCAAUAUCAAUUCCAUGGUUGUCAGGUUUAAAGUUUAGUAAAGCCUGAUUCUUGAAUGCAGACACUUUGGAUCCU